AUGUAUCAACGACAUAAUAACAACAAAUUGGCGAUAAUAUUUUUGAUAUUUACAACAACUAUUUUGCUAUGCAACACGGUCCAUGGCAAGAAAUAUUUACGCUGUGAAUUGGCGCGGGAAUUGAUGGACAAAUAUCGUGUGAAUAAAACAUUUUUGUCGAAUUGGAUCUGCCUAAUUGAACACGAAAGUGAUCGUGAUACGACAAAAGUCACCCGUCUUGGCAAUGGGGAGAGCAAAUUGGGCAUCUUUCAAAUCAGCAGUAAAGAAUGCAAUUCAGUGAAUAACAAAGUGACCGCCUGUGAUAUACAAAAAUAUCCCUGUUGUAAAAUUAAAUGUGAAAAUUUCCUCACCGACGACAUAAGCGAAGAUGUGCAAUGCGCCUUAAAAAUAUUCGAGGCAAAGGGUUUCCAAUAUUGGAGUGGUUGGAGUACAUAUUGUCGUAAUCCUCAAAAUCUACCAAAUUUGGGUGUGGCUUGUGGAAUUUAUUAG